UAACCGAACAUAUAAUAUCACAUACACGGAUGGCAUCGAAGUAACGUAAUACACACCGCCACGUAGGCGCGUCGAUCCAACACGAUGUCUGUAAACAGACACGCUGGGAGAAACUGUAGAGGUAUGAGGGAGUCGAAAAUAAAGCAUUGAAGUGUACGGACGGAAAGGAGCCUCUGUCGUUGUUCUGUUCAACGUUGGGCACGAUACAGAAAAUCCUGGCAAGACACUACAAAAAACUGGCGACGAGGAUGGGAUGUUAAUCCACCGUCGGAGAAGCCCAUGUCCGAAGCAACGGGACAACAAAGCCAAGAAGCAGGUUCGACAGACGCCGCGGAGCCACGUCAAGUAAGCGAUAUGACGAGUUCCCUACCAGCCCUUCCACCGUUCGACCCGCACUCAGAUGUGUCCUCGCUCGCUCAGCGUUGGACCAAGUGGUUAGCUCGAUUCGAGAACUUCAUUUUGGCGGCCGAUGUCAAAGAUGCAGAGCGCAAGCGCGCAAUGCUGCUCCACUAUGCCGGCGAAGCAGUGUACGACAUAUUCCUAUCGCUCUCUAACACGGGAACGGAUUACAAGACUGCCGUCAAAUGCCUGACAGAGCACUUCGCCCCUAAGAAGAAUACAGUAUUCGAGCGACAUGUGUUUCGACAGGCCAGACAAGAGCCUGGAGAGACGUUGGACCAGUUUCAAAUCCGACUCAGAAGAUUGGGUGCAACGAGUGAGUUCGCCGCCAUUGAGGACGAGAUAGUCUCGCAGAUCAUAGAAGGCACAUCGUCGCAGAAACUGCGCAGGGCUGCACUUCGCGAGACGGACAUCACGCUGGAGAAACUUCUUAGCACGGGACGCAGCAUCGAGAUCUCCGAAGUGCAAGCUAGCAGCAUAGAGAGCCCAACGUCAGCCCAACCUGUGCAGAAGAUCACACCAAAGAAGCAGCCGCAUGAGGGUCCGCCUCUGAAGAAAAAUCAACAACGAAAUCGUCCGAAACAAAACCACACUGAAGACACCCAAACAGAGAAGUGCUCAGCAUGUGGAAGGACCUGGCCCCACAAAGGUGGCAAGACAAACUGCCCAGCCUGGGGACAGACCUGUCAUAAGUGUCAGAAGAAAAACCACUUCGCUAAAUGGUGCAGAGGCCCUAGAGAGACAAAGGAAACAGUGCGAUCCCUGGCUGCAUCGACCUCCACAGCAGACCCCCAGCAAGCCCCGAGCUCAGAUGAGUCACUGUUUCAUGUGCGAACCAACACGAGCAAGCUUCCAGUUGUCACCGUCAAGGUUAAUGAUACGUCAAUAGACUUUUACCUGGACACUGGAGCUGGGGUCAACGUUGUAGGAGAGCAAACCUGGCGUAAACAGCUCCGAACACCGUUAGACGCUACAGCAACGCGUCUCGUACCGUACGGUGUUACCCAAGAGAUGUGCUGGGAACAUUCGUUGCUGAGUUCGGUGUCCGAGAAACGAAAACGAGAGCACCAGUGUACGUUGUAA